CAAGGGGCUCAGGGCAGGUGUAAAAACCUAGGGAGCUCUAAAGAAUCGCUCAUGCUAUGGGAUCAUUGCUUGUUGGGGUUCCGGGAAGUGAAAGGGGAGGGGGACAGAUGGGGACUACAGUGAAAAUGAAAAAACACAUUGGUUCCCCAUGUAUCCCUCGCUCUGAGCUAGGCUUGGCUGGCUUGGCUGAAUGUUGUUGUAUAAUGACUUGAACUUACCAAGGGGCGGAAAAUGUUUGCAGCCCCAUCCUCCCUUCCGUACCCUGUUGCCUUGUGUUUGGGGUGGGAAGGGGUGCCUUUGGAGUUAGGACAGGUGCAACUGUGAUACAGCUCUUAAAAUGGCUCAAAGUAUGAAUCUGUGCCCAGCAUCCUUGCCCAGACUGAUGCUCUGGCAUCCCAAACACUCUUGACCACAGUGGGUACUCAAGCCUCCACCAGUGACCUACUUAUUUCAGACAGCAUUUGAUUAGGAAUUCAUUACAGUAGCAAUGAACUUACAGGAAUUUAGGUAGAUGAUCUGAGCCUUUUGAGAACUGGCUACCUCUUAGCAUCCCGAUGGAGUCUAUACCCUGAAGUUGGGCUGGGCGAUAUAGCUACUUUGUGGGAGAUUGGGCUGAUUGCCCUUGCUGCUUUUGGCAGACAUCCUUCUGUUUGAUUUCCACGGAGGACAGUAGUCUGAGGUCUCUCUGUGUUAUGGGCAAGUCAGGGAAUGGCGAAGACACAUGUUCUCAGUUUGAAACCAGAGCCGGGCUAGAAUGGGGACUUAGGUGGGUAGGUGCAGGUGAUCAGGAGGGUGGGAUGGCUGGAGCAUUGUCUGGAAGGCUGUGUGCACCAGCACUCUCAAUCUUCUAGGCUUGACUGUGUGUUCGGAUUGUCCAGGUUCUGCAGGACAGGGAGCAGGCGUCUCUGGGGAGAACUCGCUGAUCUUUCUUGUGUGUUCUGCUCAUUCUUCUCCUGGCUCCUGGGUGAAGGGAAUUCCUCUUGGCAGAGGGAUCAUUUCCUCAGUACACCUUCAGGAAGCACCCAGCAGCCUACCCUUAAUAAAAUCUGCUAGGGGUUGGCUUUAAAGAGCCCUCUUGUCUUCUAGCCUUGUCUUCAGGUACCUUCACUGAUUGUAACCGAGGUGCCAGCCUUUUGGGUCACUUGGCUGAACAUUUCAGGAGAGUUGGAAUCAGUGGGCUGCUGCUCCAACAUUUAGAGCCUCAGAGGUGGGUAGGGGAUGUGAGAUCUGACUCUGAAACCAAAGGCUAUGCCAUGCUGGUGGGAUGAGUUUCAGGUGUAUCGAAAACAAUGACAGAGGAAAGGGGAUCUCACUAAUGGCUUAAUCUUAUAUUUAGAGAAGAAGAAAAAAUCAUUCUUUGUUAAAUGAAAGAAUCUAAUCUCUGGCUAAUGAUAGAAUGGCAGUCUGAGACACUCCUCCUCCUCAGGGUGGGGGAUGACAGGAACACAAAGCCUGAGCAUUUCAGCCCUGGCCCAUCCCGAGGCUCAGCGUUUCACACUGAAUAGAGAUCCAUCCUCUAAGUAAUUUUCUUUCAGCAUAUCAAUUCCCAAGUAAUUAUUUAUCCAGGACUAGAUCUAAUGCACAUGCUUAUUAUCAGAGGGCAUCUGGAUUGGACGUCUUGGCUACACACUCCAGAGAACCCAGUUGCAAGCGUCUAAUGUGUAUACAGUGUUGUGGCAGUGGAGGGGAGCACUCAGCCAGACUCACAACUUAACACAGGUCUCCCUCAGUUGAGACGAAAGCCAAGAGUGGGUCUCUGGCGUAGCAAGUAUCUGUCUCAACAAAACAUCCAUGCCCUGCCCUAUUCUAAUUGCCUCUCUCUCGGAAGACAGGGAGUCUAAGAAAAGGGAGCACUAUAGUGUUGCGGAUUCGUUUCCUUUCUCUGCGUUCCGGGCAUUUUUACCAGGUUGGUCAGCCCAAGCCUCUCAUGUCCUCAGAAUCUAUUGGCUAUAGCUGGCAGUGCACUGCUGGACUCUCCGUUCAGGCAGUGCUAUGAUGGAGGGCCACCACAGGGCGUUACUGUCCUGUACUGACACAAUGACUUUGAGUGGUAGACUUCUAGAUCUUUCAGUCAAGCUAGGCUUGAGGUCAUUUGUUGGCUUCCUGAACAUAGUCCUCCACCUGUCCUUGCCACUCCCCCUAGUCUGUCUCUGACCACCUUCCUUCUAUCUUCAUCUUGUCUUUACUGCCAGGGACACAGGAGGGUACAAUUGCGCCUCUCAGCUGACUCCAGGCUCCCCGGUCUUGCUCGUGGGUCAGUCUUUAAAACCAGCCUCUUCUUCAUGCUCUCUUCCUCUGUAGGGUUUGAUCCAAGGACUUUCUGUUAAUAUCUCCAUCCAUGGGUAAAAUCAGUUAUGUAAGAUAUGCAGGUGGGUUGAUGAGAGGUUAUCCUGGCAUCUUUCACACACCUGCCGCAGACCAAUUGCACAUCUGGUUCUUUCACAGGCUGAUGAGUUUCUGGUGGGAAGUAAGCUUUUACUUGUUCCAGAAGAGUACUGCUAGCAAGCUUUAACAUCUCUGUCCUUCAUUGAACUACCAGUAGUCCUCAGAAUUCAGUAGAUAUAACUGUCAUCCCAUGGUUUUGGGUGAGAACGUAGUUUCCGUUUCUCUUGAGUUUCCAAGCCUUCCUGUAAUACUUCUCAGCUUAAAAUCUAAGGGUAAGGCCCCAAUUUCAUGCAGAUAUGUGUGCUCUUAAAGUCACUUGUCGUAUUCUUUAUGUCCCCCCCCACACACACACACACACUGCAUUUGCUCUCAAACACCGAUCUAGUUUGGUUUUGCCUUUAGGACCAUAUUUAGUUCUUUUUGAUGCUGCCAUGACUUUUUCUCAGAAAGACCUCUUCCGGCCUCACCUCAAUUCUUUCAGAGCUGAUCUUGAACAUGCCUUCCUUGGUCUUAAACACAUAGGGUCAGAGAUUAUGGUAACUAACCGCUCAGUAUCCCCAGGUCAUUCUUCAGUGUGUAAAUAGUGAAUUACCCCAGUCCCUCGGAAGCCCUCCCAGCCCAGCAUGAGGCUUUGCCUGGCUGCAUUAGCUUCUGCUUUCAGAGGGACCAGAAGUUCAAGGGUGUGGAUGAAAAUACAGCCACACCUUGAAUCAUACCCGGGAUGUGUCCAGUGCCUGCGUAGCUGCAUGCUGGGCCUGCCUGGCUCCAGGAUUGUGGCUGACAACGGUUAAGUGGGCCAGGUCUGGUUGUCAUUUGCCAAGCUCUAGCCAAGCCCUCGGGAAAAUGAUAGUGAUGCUCAUUGCUGCUAUUUAAAGACCUCCUCUACCUGCUACUUCUGCUUAUUUAGGGACAAGUGAUUUGUUACUUACGCUUUGUGGUCGUGUGUGCCGUAGUUAGAGAAACAGUGCUGAAAACGCUCUGCAGCCUCACCCGGGCCCUCCAUGUAGCGUCUGUCCUUGUGGCUUUUCCAAGUCCCCAGCCCUGCCCAAGUCCCUGGCCUAUGCAUGCUGACAGCGCUGCCUGCCCCUGCUUCUGUCUGGUAUGGGAAAAGGGGCGGGAGGGGGGGGGCAAAUUGCUCCGGUUAUCUCCACUGCCAUUUCCAUGUGCCUGCCACUCCCUAACUUCAGCCUGGCCCUGCCCCCACUUCUGAUGGAGGAGCUGGAGUCCAGGUUCACUUGCUGAAGGAUCAGUUGGCUGCUGAGGCUGCGGCGCGGCUGGAGGCUCAGGCGCGGGUGCACCAGCUCCUGCUGCAGAACAAAGACAUGCUCCAGCACAUCUCUCUGCUGGUCAAGCAGGUGCAGGAGCUGGAGCUGAAGCUGUCAGGACAGAACGCCAGUAAGCCAGGGUCCCGGCCAGCCUCGGUGCCUGUGCACAAGCUUCGUAAAACAAUGGGCUCCCAGGACAGCUUGCUGGAGAUCACCUUCCGUUCAGGUGCCCUGCCUGUGCUCUGUGAACCCACCACCCCUAAGCCAGAGGACCUACACUCACCGCUGCUGGGCGCCGGCUUGGCUGACUUUGCCCACUCAGCGGGCAGCCCCUUAGUUGACCACAGCAUGUUUGAGAAUUUGAACACUACCCUCACUCCAAAGCUCCAGUCCAGCCAUUCCUUCCCCCACCUGUCCAGAUCUUCGGCCCCAGGCUCCAUCAGCCCUGGCUCUGCAGAGCCAGGAGGACCAGGACUGAGGGUGGGCAGCAGCCAGCACCUUAAGAACCUGGGCAAAGCCAUGGGGGCCAAGGUCAAUGACCUCCUUCGAAGAAAGGAGUCCUCAAGCCUGGGCAGCGUGGGUGUGAUGGAGAUUAAUAAGACCGCUGGGGCCCAGCUGGCCGGUGGGGAAGAGCCAGCCUGUGGAGCCUGGCUGGAGGAUGAAAGGUCAGUCCAGGAAGCUUUCCCUCUGCUGGAUCCUCCACCUCCCAUAACCCGGAAGCGAACCCCUCGGGCCCUGAAGACCACCCAGGACAUGCUGAUUUCAUCACAGCCGGUCCUAAGCAGUCUAGAAUAUGGGACAGAAUUGUCACCUGGGCAGGCCCAGGACUCUCCACCCACUGCUCAGCCUGUCCCUGCAGAUACUUCCCGGCCAGAGUCUACCAUUGAAAUGGGAGAGAAGGGCGAGGCUCUGCCCAAUGGCGAGGUGUCCCUGUUGGUACCUGACCUAAUACACAAGAACAACCAGGAAGAAUCCAAGCUAAAGGCAACUGAGUGCAGAAAAUCCUCCUCCCCUGGCCCCAUUGAGAGAAAUGGCCUCAAACUCAGCUUGAGCCCCAUCAGCCUGGCUGAGUCCUGGGAGAAGAGCAGCCCACCUCCACAGACACGGACCUCCAGCUUUGACAAUGAGGGCCUUCACCCAGACCUGCUGUCCUUUGAGUAGGGUCUCUUGUCUUCCCUGCUGAGCACCCUCUUCACUUUGUUGUCCACUACACAGACAUCCUUUGUUCCAACUCUGCCACGUCCUCACCCUCCUUGCAGAAGGCACCCCAGAGUCCACUCUCUACCUGAGAUGUUUCGGGACCAGAUGGCCACAAGUAGUCCCAGUUAAGGAGUCUGCAGAAUGGCGAAAGGAUGCAGUGACGUGAUGUCUCAGAUCCUGCUGUUCUGCAAGCUUCCCUGGCUGCUGGCUGCUGGCUGCUGGCUGCAGCUUUGGCUGCUAGAACUCAUGCUCCCUCAAGCUUGUCCCAGCUUCCUACUGACUUACAGGGCCACCAGCUGAGGAGGAUGGAAUCCUCUUUGCCUGUCUGCUCGGACUUAUAUGCUGUCUUUUCUUUUACCCCCAAACUCUGAUUCUGUCCCUUUCUUCCAUAAUGGUCCAGGGACACCCUCCCCCUCCUCCCACCCUGAAGGGGAUUCAGCUAGGGAAAAAUGGUAGGCUUUGGCUUGAUGAUGGGACCUGGCCUGGAAAGCUACACCCUGACCGCAACUUUACCAUAGUCCCUUCAGCUGUGUGGACCCCUGGCCACCAUCAUCUUUCCCCUGCUUCCAGCUUAGGGCCAGAGGAGGUGCUUCUGAGGCUUAAGGCCUUGAGAGUUUCCUCAAAGGUUGAACCUUGUCACCCAGGGUUUUCUCAUCCAGUUUGAUGCACCCCUACAUAUCUGGAUAGGCGCUCAGGGUGAUGAUACAGGCAGCUGUGCUGGGGUUCCUUGCUAUGUGUGGGUGAAGACGGGCAGGCAGGUCCCUGCAGAAGCAGCAGAGAAUGUUCUGAUGUUCAGAGAGGAGAGUAUGGGAACACAGAAGGGUCCUACAAGAGCCAAGAGCAGAGAUCCUAGGGAAGUGGAAAGUGAGGACUGAGAAAGGCAUUGCUGAAAGUCAGAGCAGCUUUUCAGGCCACUCCACACCAAGAGUGAGACAGUGCCGGGGCCUGGGAACAGUAUGUGUGAGAGCCAGGGCGGAGCAUGUCAGAGACUGAAUGUCGUGAGGACUGUGUGGGCAAAGCAGUUGCCGUUAAGUGAAAGUGCUUCUUUGUGCUUGUGCUGAAGUUGCCUGAAUUGCUUGCAGCACCAGGCCGGCCCGGAGAUAGCUGGAACCUCGGUCCUUCAUUCAGGUAACAGCGAUCCUCCUCUGCUUCUGCUAUCGGGAUCUGUGUAAGGAACCAGCGAGGCUUAUCAACCCUUCACCAGUGUCUGCCUUCCAGGUUAACUUGCUUUGUAUUCCUUUCUCCCUCCAGGGACCCUUUCAUGCUGUCUUCCUGUGGCCAGGAGACUCUGUAGUGAUACCAUUCACAAAGGCCUUUGUAGCCAGAAGACAUCCCUAUUCUCAAACGAGGAGGCCAGAGCUCCACAAGGAGUCUGGGGAUGGUGCAUUCAGCCAGGGCUGCCCUUGCAGCAGUGCUCCUGUCCUGCUUCCCGUGGCCUUCCCUCUUCUGCUCGCUUGGCUUCCCAUCUGUGACAUGGGAGACACAAGUCUCACUUCCCAGUUGAACAUCACUAGCACACUGCCCUCCCCUCAACCAGCAGACCUCUGAGCUAACUCCAGAAGAACCAGCGUAGGAGGCCUCAGCCAGAUCCCUAGGAUGAGGUUUCCCUCUGAUAUACUCACUUCUGCCAUCUCUGCCCUCCGACCCUCUUCUCUCAUCCCACCUUCCAUUGCCGCAGAGGGCAAGGCUUCAUCUUGCGCUCCCUGCAAAUUCCUGUCUCUUCCUUUCAGAUGGGAAUCCAUGCUUCCAGGAAUCUGAAGACCCUGGUGGAAUAUACAGGGCUGUUAGCACAUAGGUAGCACAUGUGCCUUGCCCCAAGGGCAUCCCAAAUAUGUGAUCCUAAAGUCAGAGAAGCCCUGAGGACUAGCAUCCCAGAAUAAUGUGGGAUAUUUCCCAAAACAAAAAGUUCAGGCUGUCCACCAGAGAGGAAGUCUGAUGUAAUCCGAGCUCUCCAUACCAGGGUCUUGGUUGGUGCCUCUGAUGGGAAGCUCAGCAGAUAGCUGUCCUCUCUGAGCCUAGGUUGACUCAGCAUGAGGCUUGGCUUGCUUAAGUGUCCAGGAUACUGCUUGGAGCCCUGGCCCUCAGGCCCAGCGCUAAGCAAGAGACCCCAUCACAUUUGUCCCAGGACCCCUGAAAAGGGAUCUUCUAAGUACUUUCGACUUGUACUCAAUGUUGACCUAGAUACCAUGGAUGCCUGCAUCAACUCCUAGGAUCUUGACUCUCCCUGCUACAGGAGUGAUCCUGCUACCUCAGGAGGUCCUCCGAGACUGAGCCUUGUCUUAGAUGCUGUAGAUACUGCCUGGUGCUAGGGCCCAUGUGUUUCCCAGGGACCAGCAGGAACAAGUUCUCCUGGGGGUUUUGACUCAUGUCAGCUCUUCCAUCUAGCACCCGAUCAGGCCCGCUGGCCAUCUCAGCAAUGUAGACUGCAGCACGGCAGCCUUCACAGUGAACCCAGAUCCUCUGGGGUUUGGCCUUUGGGUAGCUUGAUAAGCAUGGGGCGGAGGUAAGCCAAUGGGGAGGAAUGAAGGGUCUAACUUCUGUAUCUGUUUAAAGAAGCUGGGGCCUUGAAGCCACCUUCUCCCUGCUUCUUUCCAGCCCUGUUGUAUAGCUCUGUUCAGCCCAUAGCUUUACCCUGAUAGAUCACAAAGUGAGCUUCCAGAAACAUGAAAAGAAAGUAUCUCCUCCUUAAUCCUAGCCUACACUUUUCUCUAGAAAUGUAUCUGUGAAUGUUCUGUCUCUGGGUAAUAUGAAGACAUGUGUUUUUAAUCCAUCAUCUUUUAAAGAACAAGUUUGGCCCCUAUUUGAAAGAACAAGAUUAUAUAGUUCUAUUCUGAGUAUUUUUUAGAGAGUUCAUAUUUAUAUUUUUAGAGAUUUUUCUUGUAGAAGGAAAUUGCAUAAUAAAAUGAUAAAAUGUG